AUGAUGACGACCGCCAUUUCUCCAACAACGCUGCGAACGUGGAUGGACGGCGCCAAGCGGGUCUGUGUCGUGGAUGUCCGAGACGACGACUACAACCAGGGCGGCCAUAUUCGGGGAGCCGUCAACUUUCCCUCGGCCAACUUCACCAAGAGCUUUGAGGAUCUGGUGGAGACCAGUGCGUCUGCCGAGGCGGUUGUGUUCCACUGCCAGUUCAGCCAGGUGCGAGGACCCCAGUGCGCCCGGUACUACGAGUCCAAAAUCAAGGCAUUGGACUCCUUCAAGGGCCAGGAGGUGUGUGUUUUGUCGGGCGGGUUCAACUCGUGGUACGACGAGUUUGCUUGCACAAAGUACAUUGAGAGAUGA